AUGCCAGGCAUGGGCAUGGGCAUAGACAUAGGCAUGGGCAGUCGAAGCCCUAUGAGGCUGCAGGAGGAUGGCUGGAGGACACUGGGCAGCCAUGUCGGGUCUAGUCUGCUGCCGGGACGCCGUCGAAGCAUUCUGGAAGGCGGGCGAAGGCGUCGAGGAAUUCGCAUCCGUACAUGGGGCGGGCAUGCUUGGACCAGCGAGGAUGAGCAGCCCACGACGGCCAGCACCGAAGUGACUUCGGCAGACGAUCUCCCUGUCGACAGGGAUGACGACCACUACAAUGGCCAACAACUGCACCAGCAGCGACAACGACAGCAACCGCCACGGCAACUGCAACACUAUCAGGAACAGGAUGAUGUGGUCUCUGCCGUAUCAGCCAUCCUCGAACGGCUCCACUCCCGCCUCCGCAGAUCAUGGGACCACCGUCUUCACCUCGCCAUCCUCACUCGUCUCGACCUUCCCUCCGCGAACUGGGCCAUGCCGACGUCGACGUGUCACGGAGCUCCUGUAGCAGCUCCAGGAAUGAUGACACAACUGGGCUUCUCGCAGGGGACCGCGAAGGGGAAGCGCGGUUUCGAUGAAAGGGGGAUAUAUGCUUACGCCGCGACCUGGGAUGCGAGCUCAGCGGCAGCGGCAGCAGCAGCAGGAAAAAGCAGACGAGGGGUACACUAUGACGGACCCCAUGUCUCACGAGGCGGCAGACAAGCGGGAGAGCCUGAGAGGCACGCCUAG